UAAAAUUAUGCCCGUUCAGCUCGUCUGGACACACACACGUGUGAAUCGGUCUCAGUUUACAUGGUAAAAAUAGUGCUCGGUCUCCUACAGAUUAUCGUUCGAGCUCGACAAAUAUGCCGGAAUUAACUGAACUCGACAAAGCUGCAAGCUCUGAACCUACCAAGGUCGAAGCGACAGCUGCAGGAUCUGGAACUGAUUCAGAUUCAGAUGAUACCAUGCCAGAAUUGGACGAUGCAGGAACUGGUGGUACCGUGGGUUUCCCAGGUACGACUGUCACUGGUCUUCCCAUUGAUGUGGUUUCUAAAGCAAAACAGAGUCGAGGAGAAAAAAAGGCCAGGAAGCUUAUGAGCAAGUUAGGUUUGAAACCUGUUCAAGGAGUUAACAGAGUAACUAUUCGUAAAUCAAAGAACAUUCUGUUUGUAAUCAAUAAACCAGAUGUGUUGAAGAAUCCAGCGUCAGAUACUUACAUAGUAUUUGGCGAAGCUAAGAUUGAAGAUCUGAGUCAGCAAGCUCAGGUAGCUGCAGCUGAGAAGUUCAAGGAGCCACCAGUUAUUCCAGCAACUGAAGCUGGUGGUAGUACUACGGUGGUUGCACCUAUACAAGAAGAAUCAGAAGAAGAAGUCGAUGAAACAGGUGUCGAAGAAAAGGACAUCGACUUAGUAAUGUCUCAAGCCAACGUGUCUCGAGGAAAAGCUAUUAAAGCUCUCAAAAACAAUCAGAAUGAUAUCGUCAAUGCUAUUAUGGAAUUAACAAUGUGAUGAAGCUGUUUAGCAGUAGGGUGUGCUACAUCGUAGCUCGCAUUGUGAAAUUAUCUUAUUUUAUCAUCUGCAUCAUCAGGAAAAGACAUCAUCCUUCUUUUUGUCUCAUUACAUUGAAACGAUCAAGCUGGAAUGCCGAGAGUCUGGAUUUCGCCUGACGACCGUAAUGUUCGUCUAAACAAAAAUCCACAUGUAUAUACAUAUUCAUAUGAAAAAAAAAAUAAAUACACUAAGGACACUA